GUGUAAGAAGACCGGAGAUGGAAGUCAGAGAAGCUCAGAGUUUCUGGGGGCUUCGGCGCGUUCACAUGGCUGCGGUAAAGAACUAGACGAAGUUUGACAGUGACCAUGCUUGUAAUUUUGUGAUAAGUGAUGGAGACUUUUUGUGCUUCGGGGACACCCCAGAAAUUUCGAACCGGCAAUUUCCAUAAUGUACCUUGUCAUAGAAAUUUGCGCCAAAUCGGGAAUGAUUACGCAAUGCCGGUUUGUAAUCGCCGAUCAACCCCUUCGGUUCACACCCUUUGGCAAGAGAGAAUGUCACCAAGGUCUUGCACUGAACGUAAAUCAAGAGGUCGAUUGUGUUCGGUCGCUUUAGCUAUAGCCUCUUUUCUUGUCUUCGUUGCAGUAUUGUCUAUUGCAGGAAUGGCUCUCUACAUGGGGGCGUUACAUACCGAACCUCCUAGUAGCAACAAUAUUAUUUCUUUUAGUUGUAGUGCAAAAAUUUUAAGAGGUGACCGCUUUGUUGGCGCUUUACAGGAAAAAGCUCGUAGAUAUAGACUGCAACUAGAAACACUUUAUCAGAGAAGUGUUCUAGGAUCGGCUUUAACGUCUUGUAUAGUAGAAAAAUUCGGAAACGAUACCGUAACAGUAUUCUUCAAACUAGCAUUUAACAAAAAGAAAAUCCCCAAAAAUGUAUCAAACAUUGAAAAAACUAUCCGAGAUAUACUAAUAACAGACGCAAUAUCUCGAAAACCUGUCUUCAGAAUGAUACGUUUUGACCCCAAAAGUGUAGAAAUUAAACAAAUUAGAGACGUAGAUACGUACCAAAGAAGUGCUACAAAACCAAAACAAACAAAAAAUAAAACAAGCGUCGUCCUUAAAACACCUCGCAAAAAUACAACACUUACAACAACCUUACCAGUUAAGAAAAAAACCGACGAGAUUGAAAUCAAAGAAGAAGAUUUACCAGUAGUUCAAGGUUCGUUUAAAAUAAGUAAGACCGACGCUGAUAUUACUGAAAAAAAGACUGAAAACGUAUCUACCCCCAAACCUAAAACAACAACCCAGACGACUAAAACAACCACAGUUAAAGAAACUUCAGUCACAAGUGCCUUAUACAAAAUCGCUGCCAUAGAAAAACUAAGCAAAACUAGUAUUGGUACAUCGAUGACUAGUACUAGUACUAGCACAACGACUAAAAAUCCCCUUUUCCCCAACCCUCAGGUGUUCAACGAACAACCCUGGAUUCCAAUAAUACCCGAUUUAACCCCAAUUACAGUUCCUACAACAAAACUUCCUCAAUUUCCACCAAAACAACCAGUCUAUACGAGUUUCACAAACCCUAGUUUAUCGUACCAUAACAUCGAUAUGGAAACUCUCGGUUCAACAAGUCUCAAAGGUCACCCAAUUCCCGUUAAUAAAAUUCCGCAAGUGACUGAACCUUCUGUUUUUGAAACCACAAAAAAACAAACUGAGAAUUCAGGUUUUGUUGAAAUUGAGACAGUUAAGUACAUCCCUGGAUCGUCCGGUGACAAGCAAAACAUGUUGAAAAACCUUUCAAGCAUUUUUCAUAAUUUAGCGUCGACGUUAAAAAUACCGGAAAUGAAUGUUAGCAAAAAUGAGACGUUUUUGGGGGUUGCGGAUGAGGAUAGUGUGGGAGAAGGACAAGUUGAAGUUGUCGAAGCUGAUGAGGAAACUCUAAUGAUGCAAACGACAAAAUUGCCUCUAGUGACGUUAAUUCCCGUCAAGUCAAAUUCCGGGAUUGGACGGCCGUUAAGGAAACGUCCGUUUAGAAAUGAGGAAAAUUCAACGGGUGAUGUAUCGGUUGAAAACCGAAGUUUUCCAGGAUCGACUCGUUUGAAUGAUUUUUCCGCCCUAGAGAAAAAUCCCUUGAAAUUUAUUGAGACUGAAGUAGUGACGUCGGUUAGUUCCGAAGUGAAUAAAGUCAAGUUGAAUAAAAAUCAACUCGAAGACUUUAAAAUAAUCGGAGUACUUAAUUUCGCAACUGAAGCAUCAGAGGAACUUUUGAGGAAUCCGAAAAUGGAUCCACAAUCCAAUGAAACGGAAGUUUUACGUAAGCAUGAGCCCAGCAGCGAAAUAACAGUUUACGCAACAAAUUCUUCAGUUUCGAGUAACCGAAAUGAGGCAAACUUUAACAUCCUGACCCCCGAGAAGCUAAAACAACUAUCCGAAAUAAGCAAAAUCCAUGAUAAUUUAACCGUAAUCGAUAAGGAACCGGUUAUUUCAAACAAAGCAAUAUCGUCGAGCUACACCGUUAAUCAUUCUGGCUUCAAAAUCCUAACGAAAACUUUCAACAAAAUCGAUGAAUUACCCAAAGAUACUAAACUUAAUGGCUACAAUAACCUUGCAUUUACGGCCAUCUCCAAUAAAACAGAGUGUGGUAACUUAACGAUAAAAUGUGGCGACGGCCAAUGCCUGCCCGAAACAACCAAAUGCAACCAACUAAUUGAUUGCAACGACGGCAAAGAUGAACAAGACUGCAACUGUGCCGAUUAUCUCAGAUCUCAGUACCUACUCAGAAAAAUCUGCGACGGAGUCGUCGAUUGUUGGGACUACUCGGACGAAAACCAAUGCGAAUGGUGCAAACCUGAACAGUACGUAUGCAGCAACUCGAAAAUGUGCAUCAACAAAACGAAAAUUUGCGACGGCUUGCGUGAUUGUCCUCAAGGAGACGACGAACGACAAUGUGUCACAAUUGCCAAAAAUAUCGACACGGCUGAUGAAUUCCCCUACACUUCGGAGGGACUCCUCAUGGUGCGGAAAUUUGGUUCGUGGGGGAAACUCUGCGUUGAAAAUUUACGCAACUUAGUUUUCCCGAUCCUAGAUUUAGGCAAAAACGUUUGCAAAUCAAUGACCUACCAGUUUCUGGAUUCUGUCAAAACUAUCACUGAGACGGAAUUAGGGACACCCUCUAGAUAUUUCGAAAUGGACUAUUCUUUUGAAAAUAAUAGUAAAUAUAGUCUUUCUUUUUCGGAAACUCAGUGUGAGACACGCAAGGUUGUGCAAGUUAAGUGCCAGUCGCUCGAAUGCGGUGCUAGACCCCAAGCUGUGAAACACAUCGCUAGGCGAGCUUAUAGGAUUGUCGGAGGAGGCAAUGCGGGUCUAGGGUCAUGGCCGUGGCAGGCAGCCCUUUACAAAGAAGGCGAAUUCCAGUGUGGCGCUACUUUACUUUCCGACACAUGGCUGGUUUCAGCAGGACAUUGUUUCUACCAUUCGCAGGACGAGCACUGGGUGGCCCGUCUCGGAGCCCUGCGGCGCGGCACCGCCCUUCCCUCCCCCUACGAACAACUCCGUCCCAUUAUCCGAAUAAUCGUCCAUCCCGGAUACGUGGAUUCCGGUUUUAUAAACGACAUCUCUUUACUAAAAAUGGAAUUUCCGGUUAUUUUCAGCGAUUACGUGCGCCCAAUCUGUUUGCCCCCGCCGAGUCAAAUGGUGCCCGAUGGCCACUUGUGUACAGUUGUGGGUUGGGGUCAACUGUUCGAAGUCGGCAGAAUAUUCCCUGACACAUUACAAGAGGUUCUUGUUCCUGUAAUAUCAACCGCUGAGUGUCGUAAAAGAACGGUUUUUCUUCCUCUGUAUAAAAUAACAGAUGACAUGUUUUGUGCCGGGUACGAGCGAGGAGGCCGCGAUGCGUGUCUUGGCGACUCCGGGGGGCCUCUCAUGUGCCCCGAACCCGAUGGCAAAUGGCUUUUGCAAGGGAUCACGAGCAACGGCUACGGGUGUGCGAGGGCCAACAGACCGGGGGUAUACACCAAAGUGGCCAAUUAUGUCACCUGGAUUGGAACUCAUAUGAAUAGAGAUGAUCACAAUAGUACAAAAAAGAAAAGUAUCUGCUUAGGACACCGGUGUCCUUUGGGGGAAUGUCUCCCCAAAAGUAGAUUAUGCAAUGGAUACAUCGAAUGUAGUGAUGGUAGCGAUGAAAGAGACUGUUAAUUAAUAAUUUUGUGUGUGAUAUGAACUGUAUUAUUUAUGUACAUAGAAUGCCUUGACGUACUUUUUUGAUAUUUUUGUAUUUAUUCGGAUAUUUAUAGAUGUGUCUUUAGAAAUAAAAACUUUUUAUUAUA